AUGGGAGUAGAAAAAAAUAUUUGUAUGCCUUUAAAGCUUGAUGAUGUUUUUCAUGAGGAAAAAACUAAAAGUGGAGAUUAUAAUGAUAAAAAUUUAGAUAUAAUAGAAAAGGAAAAAAAUAAAAAAAACUAUAAAAAUAUAUUGAACAAAUAUAAAAUAACUGAAUGUAAUAAAAGUGAAAUUAAAGAAAUACAAAAGAAAAAAAAAUAUAAUGAAAACAUGAAUAAAGAAGAAAACAAAAAUUUAAAUGAUAGUGAACCAAAAAUAGAGAAUAAAACUGAUAAUGAUAAUGAUAAUAAUGACCUUAAAAAAAACAUAGAAAAAAGUAAUGAGCAAAUUUCAAUAGAGAUAAAUGAAAUUAAGAAAAGAAAAUCACAUAAAGAAAGUAAUUUAUUAAUAGCUAAUGGAACAACUGGUUUAGUUGUACAUAAUGGAAUAAUGUGUUUAUCUAUGAAAGGAAUUCAACCAUUUAUCAUAACAAGUGUUAAAAAAUCAUAUUGCGUUUAUGAUCCACACAAAUUAAGAAAGGCAUAUACAUCUGAAUAUUUUGCAGAAGAUAUUAAAAAUUUAUACUGUACCAAUGAUUAUGUUUAUGUAAUUUUUAAUAAGAAAGUAUAUAAAAUUAAUGAAUAUGGUAAAAAAAAAAUUUUUUAUAAUUAUCAUAAGUAUAAUAUUAUUAAUAUUUUAAUUGUUUCUGAUUAUUUAUUGACAUAUAGUAAAAAAGAAAUAAUUAUAUGGAAUGAUGGAUAUAUUGAAGAUGAAUCUCAUAUAAGUUAUUCAAGUGAUGAAUUAUCAAAUACAAAUGAAGAUCAAAAAGAAAAAGAAAAUGAGGAUAAUAUUUCUGAUAAUUUAAAUGAUGAUAAUUAUCAUAGUAGUGACGAUGAUGAUGCAUAUAGUCAAAACGAAAAAGAUAAUGAAAAUAUAGAUUGUGAAGAUGAAGUAAAAAAAUUAAAAAAAAAUAAAUCUUAUAUGAAAAAUAAUGAAAAAUGCUAUAGAGAUAUUUUGGUUAAAUCUAUCGAAUUAUUUGAUAAUAAUUCAGAAACUGAAAUAAGAAGUGUUAUUCAUCCAAUUGGAUAUAUAAAUAAAGUUAUUAUAUGGACUAACGAAAAUAAAUUAUAUUUAUAUAAUAUUAAUAAGGAAAAGAUAAUUUACGAAUACAAUUCAAUAAAUAAACUAAAUUUAAGGGAACAAAGAGAGAUAAAAAUAUUAUCAAAAACAUUAAAAAACGAAGAAAUUUGUUUAAUUACAUCUGACAAUGAAUUAUAUAUAAUUAACAUUGAAAAAGAUGAGAUAGUAUAUUCUAAAAAUAUAUAUAUGGAUAAUGAUUUCAUAAGUUGUGUAAAUUUUUAUAAUUAUAAAUAUAAUGAUGAAAUAAAUUUAGCUAUUUUAAUAGGUACGGAAAAUGGAAAAAUAGUAAUGAUUAAUUCAAAAAAUAGUCAAUAUUUUAUUAAAAGAGAUGUACACGAUUAUAUAAAAAAUAUUUUAAUAUCUCCACAAGGUUAUAUAUAUACAAGUGGAUAUGAUAAUAAAAUUAAUUUGUUAAACUUAAAUAAAAGUUCAUUUACAUUAGAAAUUGUGAAAAAGAGGAAUAGUUGUAUAGGAAUUAUUAAUAAUAUCAAAUAUUUAGAUGAUGAGAAUUAUAAAUUAAUAGUUUCAGCAAAUAUGCCAAAUGAAAAUGAAGGAAAUUUAUUUAUUAUAAGUCCACAUAAUCCUGAACAAAAUAAGGAUUUUUCAUGGAAUAAAAAAAUAAAUAUAUUAAAUAAAAAAAUAGUUGAUUUUGAUAUAAAUAUAAAUAGACAUUAUGACUGGAAUAAUAUAUUAAUAUGUUUAGAAAAUUCAGAUCGCGUGUAUUUAGCAUCAUCAUAUAAAAAAACUAUAUCAAAUGAAUACUUGUUAUUACCAUUUGAUAUAAUGAAUAAAGAAGAAAAGGAAAUAAGAGAAGAUAUGAUUAAAAAAGAAAAUGAAAAAAAUAAUAUAGAAGAAGUUGAUGCUUCUAAAAAUGAAGAAUAUAAGAUAUACGAUGAUUAUAAGACCUAUGAAAAUUAUCAUAUAAAAAAAAAAAUAUAUGCAACAAGUAUAUUAAUAUCUACAUGUGGUCAUAUAGGUAUUGUUGGUUACAGUAAUGGGGAAAUACAUUCAUUCAACAUUCAAUCAAAAACAUAUAGGAUUGAAUAUAAAUUAAAUAAAUAUUCAUUAAAAUCAAAAGCACAUACAGAUGGUGAAAUAUUAAAGUUAUAUUUAUAUGGAGUUAAUUACUUUGUAUCAGCUUCAAAUUCAAAAGAAGAUACGUCUUUAAGAGUAUGGAAUAUUUAUACAGGUGAUUUAAUAUAUUCCUAUAAUGUUAAGAGUGCAUAUAAUAAUAUGAUUGAAAAUAUAAGUAUUGUCUCAUUUUUUCAUCAUAAUAUACUUACAGCCGUUUGUUUAUCAAACAAUCAUACCUUAAUUUUAGAUAUUGAACAGAAAUGCAUCACUAGAAAAUUCCAUUUUUCAUUUUCAAUUACAAAUAUUAUAUUUAGUAAAGAUAAUAGACUAAUUUUUUUUGCAUUUAAUAAUAGUACUUUACUUAUAUAUGAAAUUAUAUCUCAUACUUUUAUUGAUUAUUUGUUAUUCAAAAAUGAUGUUAUUUCCAUGAUUUAUAAUGAUAUUUAUUUAUAUACUUCCCAUAAACAUAGUCACAAUUUUGUUUAUAGUUUUACUAAUAAAAAUUUAUUUAACAAUUGUAACUACUUGCUUAAUGAUUACAAAUUAUUUAAUGCAAUACCAAUUGAAGAAUGCUCCAAUUCAGAAGAUGAGCCACAUUACAAUAAUGUUAAUAUAAAAGAAUUAAUUAACAUGAAUAAUGAUACUAAUAACACGAAUGACACAUUAUUUUUAAAUGAAAAAGGAGAUAACAACUUUUUAAAUGAAAAUGAAAAAACUGAUUAUAAAGAUUUAGUUAAAUCCUAUACAUCUAGAGAAAACCAAAUUAACAGAAAUUUACUAACUAUGUCAGGUUUUAAUAUAUCAAAAAUAGCUUAUUUAAUAUUUUUAGAUAAAAUAAAAGAGAAUUGUAGAGUGGAAGAAAACAUUAAAAAAAAUGAAGAAAUUCCUUUUUUUCUUAGUGCUAAAUUAAAUACAAAUAUAGAAUAUAAUGAUAAUGAUGAAAAAAAAUUUUUAGAAAAUAUUACUAAUAAUAAUAUUGAAGAUAACGAAGAAAAAAAAGAAGUAAAUAAUAAACAAGUUAUAAAAAGUAAACAUAUGACUAAGAGUAAUAGUAUUAAAGUCCAUUCCUCAAAAUUGCAAGAAAUUUUAGCGAAGAAUGAAGAUUCUUAUAUUAAGGUUCUGAAAUACUUAAAAAGUUUAUCUCCAUCAGGAGUACAUUAUAAUAUAUUAUGCUUAAGCACAUUAGAAGAGUUGGAAAAUAUGAUGAAUUUUUUUAUUUAUCAUGUUAAGUCAAAUGACAAUAUAGAUUUAAUUCAAGCAUACAUAUUAAUUUUUUUAAAGGUACACGGUAAAAAAUUAAUGAAAACAAAAAAACAAACUCUAAAAAAUACUAUAAGUGCUUUACUUCAGGAAACACAAAACAGUUGGUCAAAUAUUAAUUUUUUAUUUGAAAAUAUUAUUUUUUUUAUUAAGUUUUUAACAAAUAUACAAUUAGAAUAA